CCUCCGCCCAGUCAUGUCUCUUUAAACCUACGGCUUCGUUACCAGGAACUGCCGGUAUACGCUGGUCCGCUGCGGGAGUUCGAAGUCACUUAGAGGGUUUUUUUUUUCUUUCUCUUUUUCUUUUCCCAAGGUCAGGAUUCGACAUUCUGCAAUUGGAAAAGCCAGGACAAAUACCCAGGGUAGUUGGAUCGUGAUUCGAGUUCCCCGCAUCCGCCGUUGUAGUGUAUGCCCAUAGAUAGCACGCAGUUUUGCAGAUUCACGUUUCUUGGCAGCUGGGGCACUUGGGUUUUGGCACUUGAAGACUUAGAGGGAUAUCAAUCUCUCUAGUUCGAAUUGAGUCUUAUUCUGACAAUGGAGCACUCUUCUCCGUUGGCCGCCAUGCAGCCUCCCUCCGUACUGUUUGGGCAUUGCUUCCGUCAGGAUGCUCCGACCUCCUACCACCCAUUUAGUCCGAUCCCCGGGCUUGCAACGAACAGCUUUAACUUUAAGGAUCUGUCUAUGAAGAAAUCUCAGGGCGACUAUUUUAAUGUGAAGCCUGUGCGGGGGUCUUCUCCCACCGCGAGUCUUGCAGCAGAUCUGUCUCAAAAUUUUCACAUUGACCAGAGCCCCCAGGUUGCUACGCCACGCCGUUCUUUGUUCGCCUCGUGUCUGUUUGGGAAUGGAAAUAGACGUGAAGAUACCAUGACGACUCCUCCAUUACCCUCAUCACCGGCGCCUGCAAUGGAUGGGAUGGACAUGUCACCGUUGCCUCACAAAGCCCCGUUCUGCAUUACCACUGAAGUUGAGCUCACAUCUCCUAGCAUGGACUGCUCCCCAAUGGACUCACCUAUGAUGGCUGCUGCCGAAAGCCCUAUCCCGGAGUCGCCAUCAGUGGCACCAAAGGAUGGUCAACAAGAGAGAAGGCGUCCAACUUUCUUACGGCCCAGUCUAGCACGGAGUAAAGCCCAGUCCUUCCAGUUGGGCAUGGCAAGACCCACGCCCGAGAGCCAAGCACCCCCCUUCAAGUUCCAUAGCAAAGGAAGCAAGCCUUCCCUAGGAGUGUCGGCCUCGCUGGAGGAUAUGUUUGACGAAUCCCCCCAACGUGAACGGACCCUGCUGAGAAAUAACUCUGCGAGCGGUCUGAAUGCCAAUGGACGGUUGAGGCCACCAUUCGGGAGCAAUACUAGCCAUGCGCGUAGCAACGGAUCACCAUCAGCCGCGUCCAUCAGGAAGAGCUCCCAUCCCAUCAUGCGCCCCCGCAAGCAAUGUAGACGGUCACUGAGCAUGUUUGAACAUCCCGAGGAUGUAAUUGCCGAAAAAGAGGUUACUUUUACCACAAAUGCACCACUUCAGUCUAUUCACGACAUCGAAGGAACCCAGAGCCUGCAGCUUCCUCACUUCAUUGCUGAGGAUCAAGCAGACACUUUACCUCGCAUCGACAAGGCUACCCUCGUGGAGCUCAAGGGCGGCAAAUAUAAUGAGCUGUUCGACAACAUCAUGAUCAUUGAUUGCCGCUUUGAAUAUGAGUAUGACGGCGGACAUAUCACGGGUGCGUUCAAUUACAACGACAAGGAAUCCCUAGCCCAGGAGCUUUUUGCCAACCCCCAGCCACGGACUGCAUUGGUCUUGCAUUGCGAGUACUCUGUACACAGAGCUCCGAUCAUGGCCAAGUUCAUUCGCCACCGGGACCGUGCUUUCAACGUGGAUCAGUACCCACAGCUCUCUUACCCUGACAUGUAUAUCCUGGACGGAGGUUACAGUUCGUUCUAUGCUGAGCAUCGAUCACUCUGUUUUCCUCAAAACUACGUUGAAAUGUCCGCCAAGGAGCAUGAGUAUGCUUGUGAGCGUGGCCUGGGCCGGGUCAAGCAAAGAUCGAAAUUGAGUCGAGCUCAAACGUUUGCUUUCGGUCAACAGUCCCCUCGCAUGGAGGAUAGCCCUACUGGAAGGUGCCGAAACAAUCCCGGUGACCGCAGACUUCUGGGCUCUCCUUUUGGCGACAGCCCUGGUUCAAACCGCUUCUCAGGCCGCCGCAUGCUUUCUUACUGAAACUGAACAUUCUGAUCAUUUAUCUCCACGCUGAUGCUUUGCAUUCCAGCUGCCAUAUAGCGGACUUCUUCAUCCACACCCGUUCUGGGUUCUAUCGGCCUGUGAUUCUUGGAUAAUCCAUUGGUCGAACGAUUUUAUGAAAAUACCGGUGUUCUUCGGGGUUUUGCAUUCAGAACUGGGACACGCAAACACUGUUUGUGUUGUGAUCCAUGUUCAAUCCAUUCGCU